CUCACCACCAAAAAUUGAACGAGUGUUGAACCUAUGUAUACGAUCGUGGUUGACGGUUGAUAUUAAUCUGUUUUCACAUUUAUUUUACUUUCAUUAUUAACAUGAACUUACAUUUUUCAAUAAUCCAUUGCUAUAUUCAUACAUUGUUAACAGUAACAUACAAAUGCACGUUAUAUCUAUAAAUAACACUUAACGGUGAAAGAUAUAAAAAUUAUGAAUUUAAUUUUAUCCGCAUAAGUAACAUCGACCAAUCAAAGAGGUUUAUAUUAGACGUUAAAGCCAGUAAAAAGAAAAGUAUAAUUGGCGUCAGUAUAAUUGUCGAAGUGGUAUUACCUUAAUGUCAAAUUUCAAUAUUUAUCGCAACUUCAUAGGUUGAUUUGAUUUCCUUAUCUCGUAUUGAUAAUUAGUCAUUUCCUGUAAAACAUUGAAGAAUGUUGGAAUGUAAGUGAUUCUUUGAGUCAACGAAAGUCGAUGGUAGUGUGUUAUUGAAAUUAUGAAAAUAUUUUUUAUUCAUACCGGUACAUAAAUUAGUUUUUUUUUUAUUGUUCAUUUACAUUUAUUUGUUGUUGUGGGCAAUGAAUCGAGAAAUCUUUCUUUUUAACGAUAUAUCACAAUAAUAUUUGGCUACACAAAGAAAGAAAUAAUGUUGAACAGUGUAACAAAACAUAUUUUACACUGUUGUUUACUACUUGUUGUUAUAAUCAUAUUUGAAUUGAUUACCGGAGGACUUAGUUGGAAUAAUAAUAAAAAGGAAACAUUUGAUCCAUGGAUUGAAUAUGGAUUUCUUGGCGCACUUAUAUUAUAUAUCCUGCGAACACUUACAUUUCUUUCCUUUCCGCAAGUUUUAUUUAACUUUGUAGGACUAAUGAUAUACAAUGCAUUCCCAGAUAAAGUUGUUUUAAAAGGUUCGCCAUUACUUGCACCAUUUAUUUGUAUUAGAAUAGUAACACGUGGAGAUUAUCCACAAUUAGUGAGAGCGAAUGUAAUAAGGAAUUUAAACAGAUGUCUAGAAACUGGUUUAGAAAACUUUCAAAUUGAAGUAGUUAGUGAUAAGCCAAUUGGAUUAAACCCUCAUAGAAGAAUCAGAGAGGUCGUUGUGCCACCAAACUAUCGUACAAGUAGUGGUGCUUUGUUCAAAGCCCGUGCUUUACAAUAUUGCUUAGAAAAUUCAGUCAAUGAGUUAGCAGAUAACGAUUGGAUUGUACAUCUUGAUGAAGAAACUUUACUGACUGAAAAUUCUGUUCGUGGGAUACUGAAUUUUGUACUGGAUGGAAAACAUCAAUUUGGUCAAGGGUUAAUAACAUAUGCAAAUGAAGAUGUUGUUAAUUGGAUUACUACCUUAGCAGACAGUUUUAGAGUAGCAGAUGACAUGGGAAAGUUACGAUUACAAUUUACAAUGUUUCAUAAACCUUUCUUUAGUAUGAAAGGUUCUUAUGUUGUUACUCAAAUGGGUGCAGAAAGACAAGUUUCCUUCAACAAUGGACUAGAUGGAUCUGUUGCAGAAGAUUGUUUUUUUGCAAUGAAAGCAUUCACCCAAGGGUAUACAUUUAAUUUUGUGGAUGGUGAAAUGUGGGAAAAGUCACCAUUUACAUUAUGGGACUUUGUACAACAAAGAAAGAGAUGGUUACAAGGUAUAUUACUUGUUGUACAUUCCAAAGCUAUUCCAUUAAAUAAAAAGCUGCUUCUAGGCAUAUCUUGUUACUCGUGGGUAACACUGCCGCUUUCUACUUCGAAUAUUGUAUUAGCUGGAAUUUAUCCCAUUACUUGCCCACCAUUUAUAGAUUUUCUAUGUGCUUUUAUUGGUGCGGUAAAUAUUUAUAUGUAUGUUUUUGGUGUAGUUAAAUCAUUUUCUUUAUACCGAUUUGGUAUUGCUCGAUUUAUACUAUGUAUAUGUGGGGCAUUAUCAACAAUUCCUUUUAAUUUGAUCAUAGAAAAUGUUGCCGUUAUAUGGGGUUUGUUCGGAACAAAACAUAAAUUUUAUGUAGUUAACAAAGAGUACAAACCACCAGUGACAGUAUAAGAAAGUAUUAAAAGAUUCCUUUCAGAUAGUAUCAUAUACUUACAGAAAUGUUUAUAUACACUUUCAGAAAUUCUUGUGUAUUUUAGAAGAAUAAUAUGAUUUUAUAUUUUAGAAUUUGAAAUAUUAAUAAUCUUUUACGUGCUAUAGAUACAUAUAUAUAUAUAUAUAUAUAAGAUACAUAUAUAUAUACAUACAUACAUAUAUAUAUAUAUAUUGUGUGGAUGACAGGCGUGUUUGAAACAAACAUACUUUAUCUGUCUUAUUUAAUACUAUAUAAUAGAUAGCCAAAGUAAUAAUUUAAAUAUCUUAGUUAAUUAAUGUUUUAUAUAAUAUGCAAAAUAAUAAUAAAUAUAAUAUUAUGUUUGUAGAGUAUAGUUUAGGAAAAUUUUAAUUUAGACAUUCAAUUCAGUACUCAGAAGAGUUACAAUCAGUUACAAUAUCUCUCAGAUAAGUAAUUAUGGUACAUACUUCAUAUAUUAUCAUUUGUUCGAAAUAAAAUACACUUCCUUAUCAGAUGUUAUGUAAUGAAGAAAAUAAUCCUAAAAAAAUAAUCUAUAUUCCUUAAUAAAUCAUCUAUCAGUAACAAUUCUAAUAUUUAUAUUUUCAAUUAGAUUUUCAUAAAAUUCUUAUCAAUGAAUUGCUAAAUUUCCUUAAUCAAAAUACAAUUUUAUUCAUAUUAUAUAUAAUUAUGUCUUCUUUUAUCAACACUAAUAAUGAAAUGAAGUUUGAGAUAAAGAAAAAAAUCUUGAUAAAGCAAUCCAAUAAUAAUAGCUCCAUAAAAUUCUAAUUAUAAGUAUAAAAAUUCAAAAUUUGUUGAAAAAUGAUUAAUCAAAUAAUUGAAAUUAUCUCUUUGAUUGAUUACUAAGUAAUACAUGAAACUUAAUGUAUCACUUAUUAGACAUCACUUAUUAUUUAUGUUGAAAAAAAACAAAGAUAAUAGGAUUUUUUAAACUUGCAAAAACAUGUGAUCACUUAUUCAAAAAUUGUUGUACAUGCAAUGGAAUAAUAAUUCUUCAUCUUUAAAUUUACAGAACAGUACAGCAUAAUAUAAAAAGUCAACUUAUACAAUCAACUACCUUGCUUUUAUGCUUUUAUUCUAAUUAUCAUCAUUGAUAACAAUUAGGAAAAUUGAAUUUUGUGUACCUAAUAUGAUAUGUUUAUUAUCUAUUAUUAUCACCUAUCUAAUGAUGAUAUUUUUAAUUAAACAAAAUAUAUUUUUUUUUGGUAUAUCAAUAAUGGAUUAUUUUCAAAUUUAUGUAUAUAAAUCUAAUUUUAAUUGAUAAAAAUUUAACAGAAUGUAGUUUCAUAUCCGUAAAAUUAUAAGAAAUGUAGGGUAUCAUUACAUUUAUACACUGGAAUGAAAUUUUCAUAUUUUUUUUAUACGAUAUCAGUCUUAUAUAAUAACUUCUGAUAUAAAACCCAUAUUAAUAAAAAUUAACCAACUAUGAGUUACUCAAAAUAGUAAUAUUUAUAAAUUAUAUCCAGUCAAAGUACAUGGAAGUUUGAAUGUAAAUACACAAUUUAUUCCUCCUUUUGUUUUGCAAAAUUUGAUGACUCAUUUUCAUUUCUAUUAAUCUACAUAAAAUUUUUUCAAAAUAUUUUCAAAUGUUGCAUAAUAUAUUAGGAAGCAAAACUAUAAGUAUACAACAUAAUAAUGAGAAAAUCUACUUGAAAAUUUUUAAAAAUAAUGUCUAAUAUCUUCAAUUCUACAUGCAGUUACUAAAAUAAUUAUAUCCAACUACAUGUAAGUAACUGCAUUUACUGUGAUAUAAAUCCAUUUUAACCAUAUGAAAAUUCAAAUUGAAAAAUUAUGAAGAUUUUAUUUUAUAACAUUUAAUUUAGAGUAAGAUAUAUGUAUAUAUAUAAUGCGUGUAACACAUAAGUAUUAUAUAAUUGAUGGUUUAAUUCCUAAAUAUUAUUAUAGUAGAAAAAUAUUUGUGUUUCUAAAUUAUAAAAUAAACUCAUGCAAUUUUUUAAUUUAGAAACAAGGCUAUAAACAUAUAUAUACAGUAUCGAUAAAUGCUAACUUACAUACAAUAGCAGUAGAUAACACAUAAGUAAUAUAAUAAGUUUAAUACAUAAAUUAUAAACAAAAUUAAUAGUAUUUUACAUGUUUUUCAUUUGUAAGACUUUAUUUGUAAAAUAAAUUUUAUUUAUUAAAAUACGAA